AUGGCUUGGUUCUGCGACAUAAUAGUUCACCAAUGGAUAACUUACGCAUUGGAUUCAAAUGGAAGUUGGUGGAUUAGUUCCUCUAUGGCCGUCUUCAGGUACGGACCUUCACUCGAUGAGAGCAUCACUAGUGCGAAAUGUUGUUUGAGAGUCUUGAGUUUUGUGGAUUGCUGUGGAGAGUUUUACAUUGUUGGUUUCAAGGUUUACAAGAUGGAUGAAGAAUUAUGGAAAUGGGUACAAGUGGAGUCUUUAAGAGACAAUGCGUUUGUGAUGACUAACGAUACUUGUUUCUCGGUUUUGGCUCAUGAGUUCUAUGGAGAUCAGCAAAACUCUGUUUACUUCACCGAUGAGGAUGAGUGUGAGAUUAAGGUGUUCAAGCUAGACGAUAGUAGACUAUUAGUUGUUUCCAAAUGUUUGUUCCUAGCUUUCAUUUAA